CCUGCCCCUGUGGGACAGGAGCAGCAGCAGCAAGUUUGACUCCUGUGGAAAGGAGAUGGCAGGUAUCAUGAUCCCAGAGGAGAUUCAGAGGCUCCUGGAAGAUGUUGAAUUUUACCUGGCGGAUGGACUGCAGAAUGAAAACUUGACUGCUAAAGCAAGGGAGCAGAGGGAUGCAAUUCUCUUUGGCUUCCAGCAAGUCAAAGCCAGGUACCACUUGGAAUUUCUGCCCGGAGGAGAGGAUCAGCAUGAUGCUGGCUAUGGACAGGACAGUUCUGAUGAAAAUCAGAGCUGGAGUUUGGCCCCUUCCAUGACAUCUGAUGCUUCGCUGCCAUCAGACUUCCAGGACGAUGGGUUGGAAGAAAUCCCACCGAGGCCUGUUCAAGACACAGGGAACAUUUUGAAGCAAGGAUACCUGGAGAAGAGGUCCCGAGAGCACAGCUUUUUUGGGUCGGAGUGGCAGAAGCGGUGGUGUGUCCUCAACAGAAGGACCUUUUACUACUACGCCAACGAGAAAAGCAAACAACCUAAGGGCAACUUCUCCAUUGAGAACUACAGUGCCCGGCUGGCUUUCCAUCUGCGCAAAGACUCUCGAAAAAAAUGCUGUUUCGAGUUAACCUGCCCUGGCAAACGCACCUACGAGUUCACAGCCCCGAGCCCAGCAGAGGCUGAAGACUGGGUGGAUCAGAUCCAGUUCCUCCUGAAGGACCUGAGCUCCCUCACCAUCCCAUUUGAUGAAGGGGACGAAGAGGAGCUCUACAAUGACGUGGAGAGUUCUGACUCGGUGAACACGACAUCCCACAAUACCACCCUGAAUCAGGAUGAGCCCAACGUUGAAAUGGAAGAGGAUGACAUCUACGAGGUUUUGCCAGAUGAGGAGCUGGAGCCCCCCUUCCCAGAGGACAGCGAGGAUGCCGGGAGCAGACAGAGAAGUGGAGGUCCCCGGCGAGAUUAUGCCAAUUAUUACCAAGGGAUGUGGGACUGCAGCAGCGAGCAUCCCGACGAGCUCUCCUUCCACCGCGGGGACCUCAUCUACAUCCUAAGCAAGUCUCUCCGGCCGCCGCUGUGCCCUUCCCCAGCCCGAAGCCCCAAAGGUCGAAAACUUCCAGCGCUUCGUCCUCUCCACAGCAAAGUCACAAAUCAAGAGUUAAAUAUGAGAAUCACGGACAACACAGAAAUCCCGCGGCGGGGGAGAGGGGUGUUCGGAGGAGCCAGGUUCGGAGGAUAACGGAGUACAACAUGUACGGCUGGUGGGUCGGAGAACUCAACAACGUGGUCGGGAUUGUCCCGAAGGAUUACCUGGUGGCUGCCUACGACCUGGAGGAGCGAUGAGGACCGCAGCACCCCAGGUGCUUCUCCCUCCCUGGCCAUGCUGAGAUACCGGUGACACCAUCCCCAGCACCAGCCUCCCCUGCCUGCGGGCACCCAGUGCACGAAGAGACUCACGUCCCAUCACCGGACACGCGCGGUGUCCCGGAGCUCUGCCCCGUGGUGCCCGCUGCAACGCCGUCGGGGCAUGGCGGGGGCGCGGGGGGCUGACAGCCCACAAUAAAGCCAUUUUCCUCUCCACUUUGGGCUGCUCCAGGCUUCGCUGUGGGUCUGGAGCCGGAGCUGGGUGCGGGCAGUGGCCCCUCGCCCCCAGCCCCAGCUCCGAGCAUCCCUGGAGCCCUCUGGUCCAGGCCCAUCCCAGCCCAGGACUGAAGAUUAACCCAGAGCAUCCUCCUCCUCCUCCUCCUCCUCCUCCCGCACUUGGCUGAAGGGCCACUAGAUGGUGUCAGAGCACGUCGGCUCUGCCUUCACCAGUGCCCAGGGUGGGACGAAAAGGUGCAGGAGAGCACAGGGAGAGGCAUCAGGAGUAACCAGAGCCCCAGCGCUGCCGGGC